UUGACACCUCUCCAGGCCUCUGUCACACUUUAUACAUCUCGCUAUCUCUCUCUCAAUUCUAUACAUGCACGUCAUUUUUGAUCUCUGUGUUUUACUUUUCAUCAUUCUACGUCAAGCUCAACAUUGAAAAUUGCUCAGGCUUCAUUCCACAUUAUACACAACCACUCGCCAGCCUCAGAAUUUUUAUAAUCGAUGCGUUAUAUCCUUGAAGUCAAUUGUUCAUUCCUCUUUUUCUUACUCCUCUUCCUGCCGAGCAAUAUUCAAAGCACUGUAAUUAGUUUUUCUUCUUUUAUUUUAUUUGGUUACUUAAAUAUUGUAAUUCAAUCUUGCUUGGUAACACUGUGAUGAGAUUACUCGUUUCGGUUUGGCCAGAUAUUAAACUUUUGUAAAUAAAUGAUCUCCUAAAGAAAUGAGUUCACUUCAGCAAACUGGUCGAUUCCUACCAUUUGCUAACAAUAAUAUACAACGCAAGCAACUUCCUACACAAGGUGGGUUGCCGCAGAGUUUAAGUGGUAGCGAUACAGAUGUAUCAACAUCAAACGAAAAUUUGAGUCACGAAGAGAGAUAUGUUAUAAGGCAUACGGCACGUCAGGAACCUCAAGGCCAAGAAAACCAGCAGCAAACACCAUCUAGAUCGUCCAGCCACAAAGAGAAUAUUCCCAAUAUUCAAGGCAAUCUGUUGAAUAGAAACAGUCUGAAGGAUAGCCUGAAUGGCUCGAAUAGAAAUAGUUUAAAGGAGAGCCUGACUGGGUCCAAUCGCAAUAGCCUCAAAGACAGCAUCAACGGUUCCAAUAGAAAUAGCCUUAAGGAUAACCUGAGUUCUAAUCGAACCAGCGUUGGAUCUAACAGAAGUAGCCUGGAUGUUUCGACCAGCUCUUAUAACACCCUCAUCAUACACAAUGCCAACGACGAAAAUUCCUGGACACCAUCUAGCAGAUUAUCUGGAAUGGUAAGAGAACAUGGAGAAAUGGGCUAUCUGUACUGCGAGGGUGGAGGUAAGGGCCACUCUAAUAGCCCAACUAUGCAAUCUUUGACGAGUCUUCCUCACGACGAUCACCAUUAUGAACAGCCCGGAGGAGGCGGUGGGUGCCAAGAAAUAACUGAUAUUCCAGAUGAUUACCUUAAUCAAUCACAGGUGCUGAAACACCUCGCUAAAGAAGUGAAAAUACCUUCGUAUGGAAAAUUGACGAAUAACGGCGGUAGUAUAGAAAUGAGGAUGCGAGAGAGAGAUGGAGAGCGUGGUAAACAAAGCGAAACCGAAUUCGAGGACAGGCCACCUCCGUCGUACACUUCUACUAUGCUGCCGCUCAAAAGUAAACAUAGACUUCUUGGUCCGACCGAAAAAUUGACACUCUCAAGAUCUCAACCUGAUCUAUCGAGGAUUGGGAAAACUGAUACGGAUAGUUACGAUCCACGCACAACGUCUCCAAGGCCUCAAACAAAAGGUAGGGAGGAAAGGGAAACGGCGGCAGGCGAGAUCUGGCCUUCGGCCGAAAUGGUGCAGAUUUUGAUCCAGGAAAACAGCGCGUUGAAAUUGGAGCUUGAACGAUGUUAUGGCAAAGUGUCAAAGUCCCAAAAACUCGAGCAUGAAAUAGCCAAAGUCCAUCGUGCCCACGAGGAAUUGGCAGCAUCCUGUGAGCGCAGAGAGAAACUGGAACGGGCUGCUCGAGCGAGGCUCCAAGGUGACUGCCGUCGCUUGACUGAUUUGAAUCGUGCGUUGAGGGAGCAAAUUGAUUUGCUGGCUUCACGAACGGAUACUCCUCCGAUUGUUGAAUCUCUAAGGAAAGAACUAACACAACGAGAAUUAUUAAUCGGCCAACUCAUCACCCAAAACAAAGAACUGGCAGCUGCUAAAGAGAGACAGGAAAUUGAGUUGGCAGCACAGCGAGCUACUUUGCAAGAACAGAGAACACACAUUGAUAUUUUAGAUACAGCUCUUACAAAUGCACAGGGAAAUGUUGUCCGCCUGGAAGAAGAGUCUCGAAAGAAGCAGGUUUACGUUGAAAGAGUCGGUCAGCUUCAACGCGCCUUAUCCUCGCUUCAAGCGUCAAGUGAUAGACGAGAAGAAACGGAACGACAACUUAGAGGCCAGUUGGAGAGAGAAUUAAGAGAGGGCGGAUGUGGAGGCACGAAUAGUGGCGAACACGCAUCGAACGGCGAGACAAUCGCUGAAUUAAAACGAAGGUUACGUGAACGAGAUGAAAAAAUCAUGUCCCUAGAAGGAGAUGUGACUAAAUGGGAACAACGAUACCUGGAAGAAAGUGCCCUUCGUCAAGCUGCUAUAGACGCUGCCAGUUUACCCAAGGAUGCUAAAAUCGCGGCACUGGAGAAAACGAGCCAAGAUGCCGAAAAAAUGAUAGCUGAGGCUCGUUCGGAGAAAAUGCGUCACAUGGACGAGGUGCAUGCCGCGCAAAAGAAGCUUGCUGAUCUUGAAUCAAGAAUGAAAGACUUGGAAUCCAAACUGGCUGAACGAGACGCAAUGAUACGGGUCUUGCAAAAACAUACGUACGACAAGGACAGUAGUAGCAGUAGCGGAGUUGGUAGCUAUCCCGCAGCUCACUCGUCUCAUUCAAGUACAUCCGCAGAUCAUCAUACGGUCCUUACGUCGACACCGGAACUCGUGAGCAGUGUUCUAAGCGGCGGAAGUGGAUACGGUAGCGGUGGUUCCUUUGCCGUUUCCGACAGCUAUAAUAAAUAUAGAAAGCAGGGCAGCUUUGAGCAAACCAACAAAAGCCUAGACGACCAAUUGAAAGAACUAGACUCUCAGCUUCUCAGCAAGCGGGCACUUUGCUGUUUUCCAGGAUUCUCUAAUCCAGGCACUGCGUCGCGAAAAGGAAAAAUACCCAAGCCAUUAUUGGCGGGUGUAGAUAGCACAGGUAGUUCGAGUACCGCAUCCAGUAAAAGUCGUCUCCUCGACGACUCGGGAGGUGAAGCUUCCGGGGGUUUGCUGGAGUUUGCCGCCGCAACAAGGUUCAAAGGUACGGCGUCCAGGUUGUCGGACAGUAGGCCGGAGGAGAUGAUGUUGCUGGAAAAGCAAGGCAGGAGUUCGCAACGACAGAGAAUGCAAGAGGGGGAACCGCGCAGGGCCGGCAGUCUCCCUCCGAGCUCGUUGCCUCGUCCUCCACGUUCCUUAAAAGCCACGAACAACCCACGCUACUGUCGUCUCAGCGACACGGAAACCCGCAAGAAGUCGGACCCAGGGCCGAUAAUCGAAUCUGCUAUGAAGGGACGAGACUCCGGUAAUUGCACCCUCGAAUACGGCAGACUUGACUCGAAAGGUCAGAGGCGGAAAAAAUCUUCAAGCUCCGAGGUCUCCGUCCAGAGUUCCGCGACGAGGAAAUCUCCGUCGCUGAUGAUCGGACCCAGCGGAGAAUACGAAAGGCUGGGAGAUGUCCAGCGAAAGAAACAGGCAAUCGCCGAGGUGAAACACAGGGAAAAUCAGGGCCGUUCCAUGAUCCCGCCGCCGUCGCGACGUAUCGGAGAAUACGGUCGUCUCAGCGACAGCGAAGGGCGAGGCACCCUGAGAAAACAAAUUGGCUCCAGAGGACAGAGCACCGGAAGUACGGUCAGCAGUAAAAGCGGAGGACGCGACUCCGGAGGCACUGCUAGCAGCGAAGCUUCGACCUCUUCGUUACCGCCUACCAGGGCCAGGUCAAUACCUCGGCCUAGCAAUUACAGGAUUCAAUUUUAGAAUACGUGAAUACGAUUUACCACGACUGUUGUUCGUACGCAGCCAUAAGAAGAUAUUGUUGAUUUCUUUUUUCUUUUUUUUCUUUGAAAUUCAUUCUCCUCGUUACGCAUGAAUAUGCACGCAUACGCGUCUGCGGAGUGCGCGCAGCGAGUAUGCGUGCAUACGCAUGGACGAGUAACGUGUAGUAAUAUUUAUAGGUAAGUCCGCAAGCCAAUCAUUACGCCAUAAUAGACAUACAUUGUACAGAUAACGACACGUAAAAUAGUGAUUGUAAGACCUAGUCAUUACCAAAGUAACUUCUGUACGGAGAAAUAAUUUUCUCCCGUCACAUGCGCAUAUAUAGUCGUUUAUCUUAGAGUUUUUCCCUUCCUCUGUUUUUUUCUGCCUGUGAAAUCCGAUACGAACGGACGAUACGACAAACAAUUUCUUCUCUUUCGCAUGUAACCGUGAGCAACCUCGUACAAUGUGCCUUGGAAGAAACGCCUCACAGCUCAGAGGGUACAAGAAAUUGUAAUAUCGAGAAGAAAAUUUUGUACCGCAGGAUAUACCGAGUAAUAGAUGGUGUAACGGAUAUACCUUGCUUUUAAAAUUCCCACAGACUUUGAAAGAAAUUUACGAACCAUUUACGUUUUCUAUCUUCUUCUCUUUCCGCAAAUUUUUUUAACAAGUUAUCUGUCUUUUUAACAUUGUCGCGUAAUUUCGUAUACCGAUUGAAUUUAGGAAACGUUGAGAAAAAAAAAAAGUAGCUUAGGAUCCCAUAAGACUGAUCAAAUGGAUACUGAAGAAACAAAACUCACUCAAUUUUACUGAAUUUGUUUGUCCCCCCCCUCUUAGAUCUUACUUUCACUCCGCCCUUUGAAACACGUUCACAUAUAUAAUUUAAAUUACAAUACUUGAAUGCAUAAUAUGUGAAACAUAAUUGCAUCGCGGUCAAUCGGGACCUCUGUCGUAUGUAAUACAUAGGAUUCACUGUCGUCGAGAAUUAGACGAGUGCAACAGGAGAAAGUCAACGCUCUACAUUUGCUGGAACACCAAAGUGUAGAAUUCUCUUUUAUAAUUAAAUAGUAAUGAAAUAUGAAAUUAGUGAAGAAAGAAAGAAAGAUAAAGAAUUUCUUUUAAUAUAAUUAAACUAUUUAUUCGUGCUUGUUUUAUAAUUAUUAUACCUACAUAUAAUGCGAAAGCGAAUCGUCAUUUCCGAUUCAAUUAUAUAACAAAGCAGGAGAUAUAAGAAGGGCGUACAUGCAGGAUGUACCUAUCCUAAGUUGUAACAUAAUAUUUUGAUUGUGAUGUAGCAUAGAGUAAUGGACUAGUGGUAUUUGAUUUUGAGGUUUUUACCUCUUACCAGUGUGCGCGAAUGGUAUCAUUCGCGACUAAUGAUUGUGUGAAUGUGAUAAUUGUACCGACAAGACCAAGGUGAACAUGUUGAUAGUCUUGCAUUGAAUUUCAGACAUUUUCUGUUUUUUUUUUUUUUUUUACAUAUUUUUCCUCCUUCUGACUACAGUUUCUACAUUUUGCAGCUACGCUUUAUAAUGGUUGUGCCGUAACAGCCAUCACUAAACACAUGAUAUAUAUAUAUACAUAUAUAUAUAUGUAUAUAUAAUAUAUAUAUAUAUAUACCGAGAACAUUUUUUACCUAGACAUAAUAAAGAAAAAUUUCGAUUAGCAAAUUUUAAUCAAGUUAUGAGUUUGAGCCGAAUCAAUUUGGCUAUUGAAGGAAGUAUGAAUGUAUUUAACGAGGCUGUUAUUUCACAGUUAUUGUAAAAGCGGUAACGGUGAAACAAAAAACAAAAGAAAAAAGAAAAAAAAAAAACUUUUUCUUUGUAUAGCAUGAACAAUUUCCAAAUAAUUUUCAAUGUGAUGUGUAAAAUACAAAAGAAAAAAAAAAAAAAAAAGUUUAUUUAUAUAUCACUAUCUACAAUACAAAAUAUUUCAUAUAUAAUAUUUAAGAUUCUUAUUAAAAUCUGACGUACCUUUACAUAUAUAUGCAAGAAUACCAAAUUACAGUAUCACCAAAGAAAUGUAACGGUCAUGUAAUAUUGCGUCCGUGACUAUACGCUGUAACCAAAUAUUGUUGCUUCAAUAUUUUUGCGUACUACACGUAUAGCGCACGAAAAAAAAAGAAAAACAAAUGUAACUAUUAAGGAAACACAACUGUUUGUCGUUUGCUCUCUAUUUUUGAUACAGCCGUUCUAAGUAAGCCUUAUACGUAUUUAUUGAGUAUACAUUUUUACUGCCAUUUUUUUUUUCUCUUCAUUUUAUUUGCCCUUACCUAUUCGUCAUUGAGAAUAGAUGUUCAAAGUUGCAAAUAAAACAACGGAAAUAUGAAAACCGCGUGUAGAGAAUACCUAUAUUGAAUUUCGCAGCUACGGACUGGAAAAUAGACAGUAAGCGUUUUGUUACAAGGGUGAUGUGUGGAACAGUGCCCAGUCGCACUGGUAUGUAUGCUAGCUUUACUAACCAGAAACCACCAACCAAUGUAUUGUUUUACGGAUGGAAGCUUUCUAUGCAAAAGAAAAAAAAAAUAAAUAAAAUUAAAAAAAAAAACAAAAAAAAAAAACACUAAAAAAUAAACACAAAAA